CUGCACCGGAUACUAUCCGGAUAUUAUCGCUGUCACAAGCCAAAGAUCGCGCGGACCAUGGGACCCGACCGUCCAAGCCCGCUGUGAUUGAGGACUGCUGGCGUUGCCGCUGCGUAUGACUGUGGCGCUAUCGUCCUUGGCGUCGCCGUCGGCGAGUGCUCUUGCUGCACGGUCGGUUAUCUCGACUCCAAAACGCUCGUGUCAACGGCCCAAAGGUGGUUUUUCGACCUCAGCCCAAUGCUCACGUGCCCGAUCUGCCUCGAGCCUGGUACAGCCGCGUGGACGUCGCCGUGCGGCCACGCCUACUGCUACGCGUGCAUUGCCGAGUGGGUCCGGCGGCGCCAGCCCUCGUGCCCGAUCUGCCGCGCCCGCCUGCCACCGUCGGCGCUGUCGCCACCCGCCGUGCGCUCGCACCGCUUCCCGCCUUUCUUUGCCUUGACAUGGGUCAACCCCAUGGUCGUGCGCCAGCCAGCAUUCGCCGCACUCCAUGUCGUGCUGGCGUGCGUGGCCAUGGUCUUCUUCCACACGCUGCGCCCGGCGACUGCCGUGACAACGCUCGUUCUCGACGGGCUGCUGCUCACAACGAGCUUGAGCACGAUGGGCCAGAUCCUCGUGUACCUUGUGUGCAAUGUCUCGCACGAGUGGAGCGCGCUCCAGCACAAGCUCGAGCGACGGCAGUCGGCCGCCGUCGCGCCACUGCCGCGUGCCCGCUCGCGUUUGUAGGGUUAGGUGAACGAGGAAUACAUGUCCUGUAGCGUGCAAGAGA